UUAAACGCGCGCGCAAUUGAUACUGGCUCCGGCCGGCACCACUAACUAACCAGCUAGCUAUCUUAGUUAACCAAGCAGCCAAAUCCAUAUCAUUUCUACUACCACCAAGGUCACGGCCAUGGCUCCUUUCUCACGCUACCGGCGGCCAUGCCUCCUCCUCCUCUUGGCCCUUAUCUCCCUCCAGAGCUCCUCUGCCUCCUCACGCCUCUCCUUCCAAACCACCACGGCCUUCGAAGAAACGGACCCGACGAUCCUACAAACGAUGGCGCCGCGGUUCCAGCGCUGGAAGGCGGAGCACGGCCGGGCCUACGCGACCCGCGACGAGGAGCUCCGCCGGCUCCGCGUCUACGCCCGCAACGUGCGCUACAUCGAGGCCGCCAACGGCGACCCCGCGGCCGGGCUCACCUACCAGCUCGGCGAGACCGCCUACACCGACCUCACCGCCGACGAGUUCACGGCAAUGUACACCUCGCCCUCGCCGGUCUUGUCAGCUCACGACGACGAAGCGGCGGGCGCGAUGAUGAUCACCACGCGCGCCGGGGCUGUCGAUGCCGGCGGCCAGCAGGUGUACUUUAACGUGUCGACGGCGGGCGCGCCGGCGAGCGUUGACUGGCGGGCGAAAGGCGCCGUGACGGAGGUGAAGAACCAAGGCCGAUGCGGAUCGUGCUGGGCAUUCUCGACCGUGGCGGUGGUGGAAGGGAUCCACCAGAUCCGAACAGGGAACCUCAUCUCCCUCUCCGAGCAAGAGCUCGUCGACUGCGACACGCUCGACUACGGCUGCGACGGCGGCGUGAGCUACCACGCGCUGGAGUGGAUCGCCUCCAACGGCGGCAUCGCCACCGAGGCUGACUACCCGUACACGGGCAAGGACGGCGCCUGCGUCGCCAACAAGCUGCCGCUCCACGCCGCCGCCAUCUCGGGCUUCGCGCGCGUGGCGACCCGGAGCGAGCCCUCGCUGGCGAACGCGGUGGCGGCGCAGCCCGUGGCGGUGUCGAUCGAGGCCGGCGGCGCCAACUUCCAGCACUACGUGAAAGGGGUUUAUAACGGGCCGUGCGGGACGAGGCUCAACCAUGGCGUCACGGUGGUCGGGUACGGGGAAGAGGAAGGGGAUGGGGAGAAGUAUUGGAUCGUGAAGAACUCGUGGGGGAAGAAGUGGGGCGAUGGGGGCUAUUUCAGGAUGAAGAAGGACGUCGCCGGCAAGCCUGAGGGGCUCUGCGGAAUUGCCAUUCGCCCCUCUUUCCCGCUCGUCUAGCGCUAGCUACGUCUACGUGGGUAAUGCUUCUUUUUCUGCAGUUGGUCACUGGUCGGGCCUGAUUUAUGUCGCUGCCGCGUACAGUAUACUACAUUUGUAUGGGUAGGAAUUGUAAUUAACAAAUUAAUAUUAGGUGUAAAUUAAGCGCAAGUCUUUCUCACUAGAGGACGUGUCAGCACAUAUUAUAAUCACCAAUCUUCCCUUGUGUUCCCUCCCGUCGCUGUUGUUUUAGUGCAAACUUCUACUAAAACAGCUUAGCGACAAGUAUUUAGGAACGGAGAGAGUAUAUCAUAUCA